CCUUCCCCACUCAUUUUCGUACGUCAGACGUCAGUCGCCACUGACAUCAUCGUCCAAAAGGAAUUUCCCAUUCCCAUUUUGUUUAUUUUAUUCUAAAAUAGAAAUUGCUUUUUAUUUCAAGUAAUUGUAGUGUUUCACCGACAAGAUCGGUCGAACUUUUUAUUUCCAGUGAAUUUAACUGGAUGUUUUGUUGUUGGUCUCAACAGGAGGACUUUGGAAAAGGUCCGAUGGCAGCUAUUCGAAAAAAGUUAGUAAUUGUCGGUGAUGGAGCCUGCGGGAAAACUUGCCUGUUGAUUGUGUUUAGUAAAGACCAAUUUCCUGAAGUGUACGUGCCUACCGUUUUCGAAAAUUAUGUGGCCGACAUUGAAGUGGAUGGAAAGCAAGUUGAACUCGCUUUAUGGGAUACUGCCGGGCAGGAAGAUUACGACCGUCUUCGCCCCCUGUCUUAUCCAGACACAGAUGUGAUCCUUAUGUGCUUCUCAGUAGACUCGCCAGAUUCUUUAGAAAACAUACCCGAAAAAUGGACCCCUGAAGUUAAACACUUUUGUCCUAAUGUACCCAUUAUCUUAGUUGGUAACAAAAAGGAUCUCCGUAAUGAUCCCACUACAAUCAACGAGCUGAAAAAGAUGAAGCAAGAACCAGUGAAACCGCAGGACGGUAGAUCUAUGGCUGAAAAAAUCAACGCAUUUGCUUAUCUUGAGUGUUCAGCUAAAAGCAAGGAAGGCGUCCGAGAAGUCUUUGAAAAUGCUACACGUGCUGCACUACAAGUCAAAAAGAAGAAGAAGCAUCGUUGCAUUUUGUUUUGAACAAGAAUAAGUAUUCAUAUUAUUAUUGAAAUUAAUAAUAAUUAAUAAUCAUUUAUGAACGAUUUUUAUUAAGAAAGGGGAUUUUUGCUAUAUUAUUAUGUAUUACUAACAAAACAAAGCCACCCCCUUUUCUGAAUUUAUUUUUCUUUUAUUAUGAUUCAAUCUUAUUAAUAUUAUUAUUACUAUUAGGUAUAUAUUAUUUGUUGUACUCUUUGAUUGUAGGAUUAAUUAAAGUUAUUGUUUAUUAACGAGUGUCAAGUGCACAAGGUUACAACGUCCACAUCUUCUUUACCCUGUUUGCUAUUAUAAUAAUAUGCCUUUAAUAUGUUUAUUUUUCAACAAAAAAUAUAUUUUUAAAUUAAAUUUUCUGUACAGUUUUACAGUUCUUUACAAAUUCUAAAUUUAAUAUAGGUUUUCAAUUCAAUAUUUUGUGUUAGUAUGAAGGGUUUAUUGACUUUUUUUAUAGAAAAAUAGUUACAUAUAAACACAUUGUGAAUUGCGUAUCUAUGUAAUAGCUUUAACUUUUCCAUACUAUAUUAUUGUAUUCUAAAACAAAAUAAAACUGUUUUUCCUAUAA